AUGGCAAUUGUAUCAAAAUUGUCUUCAGAAGGACGGGAUCUGUUAGCAGUCGGGAAACUGUUUCCGCCUAAUAAUCCUAAACUCGAUCGACUUGUAACAUUUCUUAAAACCGUUCCUGGCACUGACAAAGCUUUAAUGUGGAAGAUUGUUAAACGAAAGAAAUUGGAGUUGAUAAAAUCGAUUGAUUUCGACGAGAAAGAUGCUAAUAGUAAAAUAAGAUUAAGAAAAGAUCAUGAAAGAAUCGUUAGAGAAGUUUUCACUAAUAUUGGAUAUUUCCCUUUGACUUUACAUUGGUCAAUUCCAAACUCAAUAUUUCCAGAAAUUGGAGAAGGAAUAUUUGGUACUAUUGCAGCAUAUUAUGAAUUAUCGGGUGCUUGGAAAUCUCAUAGUUAA